AUGGUAACUCCCGGUCCCCACCCGAUCUUCUCCAUCGCCUCGUUGUCGCUCGGCAGCUGCGUCCACCACACGCUCCCGACCAAGAUUCGUGCCGCGGCAAAGCUCGGGUAUGACGCUAUCGAAAUCUUCAUCCCCGACUUUGAGGCCUUUGUCACCGAGGUCAACACUGGCGACCACGCCGAUCUGUUCAGCAAUGCCGACUGGGCAACGGUCACCGAUGUCAAGAGCCUCGAGAUGAUGUGCGCCACCGCCAUCGGCCGGUUGGCUCGCAAGAACCAGCUCAAAAUCACAUGUUUCCAGCCGUUCCGUCAGUUUGAGGGCUUUGCCGGUGCCGCCGACGCGGUCAAGGCUGGCCAGUCGCUGCCCCCACGCCUCAAGGUCGCGCUCGACCGCGGCGAGAGCUACCUUCGCCUGAUGCCCGCCAUGAAGUGUGACCUGUUGCUUGUCUGCUCCAACCUUCUUCCCUUUGACCCCGAGGAUUUCACCACCUGGGAGCUGUAUCGCGACGACCUGGUGGUGGCAUUUGCCGAGCUGGGCCGCAUCGCCGACAAGUACGGCGUCAACGUCGGCUUUGAGCCCCUCGCAUGGGGUACCGCCGUCGCACGCUGGGAGCUGGUGUGGGAGGUCGUCGACCUCGUGAACCUUGACAACGUCGGCAUCAUUCUCGACUCGUUCAACUGCCUCGGCGCAUCAUGGGCCGACCCCUCGCAGCCUGAUGGCCGUAAAGCCGUUCCCGAGUCGGAGCUCGCCGAGAACCUCGACAAGCUGGUCAAGACUAUCCCUCCCUACAAGAUCUUUUUGUAUCAGAUCGCAGACGCCGCCCGCCCGCCCUCACCUAUCCAGGGCUACAAGACGUUCCCCAGCCGCAUGCAGUGGAGCCGCAAGAUGCGCGUCUUCCCCAUGGAGCCCGAGGGCUAUCUCCCGGUCCAGGACUUUACGCGCGCAAUCCUGAAGAUGGGCUACAAGGGAAUCUGGAGUCUCGAGGUGUUCAACGCCAGUCUGGACGGUGUGGAGCCCGAGGUCGUGGACAACCACGGACAGCGUGGUAUCGAUGGUCUGAGGAGGUUGUACGCUGCGGUCGCUUAG